AUGAGAUUGUUGGUUAUUAAUUCUGGAGGUACGGCUGCAAAGAGUGAUGCUAGUAUUGAUUAUGUGCCUGAUAUGUUAGCUAUAUUGCCUCCUAAACGAGUAGUACAAACUAUUGACGAGGACAGCAAGGUUAAUCCUUUUCAAGGCAGAAUGAAUGUGCAAUAUCAUGUGAAGAAGCAGCUCACCACUGGUUUCUCUGGUAACGUGUCCUUAAAGAUAACUGUUAGUACACUCUGGAAUUUAGUUGCUGAAUAUGAUAAGUUUCUCAGUGUCAAUGCUUUCAAUGAUAAUUAUGAUUUUGUUGUUAUCGAACCUGCUUGGGUAUUGUAUGAUGAGAUGAGUGAACUGUUGUUCGACCCUACAUGUAUUUUUGAUCAUUUCGGUGAAGUUGCUGAAUAUUGUCUAGCUACUAGAUUAAAAAGAAAAACUAGAAUUUUUUAUGAAGUUUCUCUUGAGCAUAAUGAGCUAUAUGUUCUAAAAUCUAGAAACAGUUUGUGGCUUAUUGGUGGAAUCUGUAGUGGCAUGUUGUCAAAAGGUAUCACAUCUUUGGAGCUGAAUACUUCUCUAUCUAUGAAUGUUGACGUAAAUCAUGUCUUCAAAGUUGAGAAGAUUAUCUAUCAGUUAGUUGCAUUGAGACUUGGUGAUGAUACUAUAGUGUAUAAGUCUUGGUUAGAAGAGGCUACCGGGUUUAAAGGUGGUACAAUUCUUCGCAGAGUUGGUGUUUUCAAGUUGAUAUUAAGGGUUGAAAAUUUUGAAUCUUUUAUUCAAGAAGUAUCAAACCAGCUGGAACAGUGUGGUAGGAGCAGUUGGGCAGACAGCAAAUUAGGAAGUACUUGUGAAAAGUUUGCUAACCACCUAAGGGAAGGUUUAUACAGAACGCAACCCGGAUUGGUCAUAAAUCAAUACAUUGGUAGCUAUGCAACACAGUAUUCAGGUUGGGGAGCAAGGAAGUUGAAAGCAUGGAUUGAAUUGGUGUCUAGUUGUGAAGGAGGAACAAUCUACCCAAGAGGACCAGUAGCUGUUGUGAUAGUUGAUGAGAUACAUUUCAUUUGGAUGAUUGCUUGGAAGGAACUGAUUACUGUUGAGGGCUCAAAAAUGAAGGACCAUAUAUUUUGGUUCACUGAGUUGAUACCAUUGGUUUGA